AUGUCCAUGAAAGGAAUCUCAUCAGAAGAACCACAUAAGACCUCCAAGAAAAUAUCUUUCCACAAACGCAACGAUGCUCAUUCCGGUGAGCUUGACGUUUUCGAGGCGGCCGUUUACUUCUCCGGCUACAACGAAUUCUCCUCCGGCGACCACAGACACACACAAAAGUAUGGCUAUAACGCCGCGAGAGAGGAGAAUCCAAGGAGAUGGGGAAGAAGAAGAAUAAGCUUGGAUUUGCCGAUUAGAUGUUCAGAGCAGGUGUAUCGUCUUUACCAAGAUCAUGAAAAGGAAGAAGUAACAACAACCAAAGAGAUGAUUCGUAACGUGAGACACAAGCAACCAAGCUCACCAGGUGGGAAAAUCACUAGCUUCUUGAAAUCUUUGUUUAAUCAAGAAGGCUCAAAGAAGAAUAAGUCAAAGUCAAAGCCAAUGGAUGGAGAUGUGGAAGAGGAGAUCCCUGGAGGAGGAUGGAUGAGGAGGAGGAGGAGAAGAAGCAGUAUCAGCCAUUUCUUGAGCUCAAGCAACUUCACUUCGACGAAAUUAUCAAAAUCCUCGGGUUUCAGAACUCCUCCUCCUUAUUUAGACACUCCCACCAAGAACUACAAGCAGUUCUUGAAUUUCACUUCUGCCACAAAGCAAGUGGAGGUACUAGAGGAAAAGAAAAUAAAGAAAGAGUUGUCUUGGCUUGAUGAGAAACUUAAAGUGAUGGAGAGCCUCACAGUGAAAGAGAAGGUUUUGGCUGACCAUGAUGGUGGUGGAAUGGAGAGUGAUUCAAGUUCUGAUCUCUUUGAGUUGCAGAACUACGAGCUGUCUCGUAGAGGCUUACCAGUUUACGAGACUACCAGUGUAGCUAACAUCAACAACACUCAUCUAUAA